UAGUUGCCAUUUGACACAAAUAUGCAAGUGAGCAUAAAAACGAGCAUAAAAGUGAUCAUAAAUCACUGAAAAAAAGGGGCAAACAAGUGGGCACACGCUAUGCAAAUUAGAAGUUAACAAAACGGCAAUGAUAAAACCGCAUAGCUACAUGCAUACCCGGUAGACUUAUCGGCUCUAGUUUGUGGAGGUCUAGGUUCCAUGAAGCUACACUAGCGACUAUAAAUGCCACCUCAGUCUGAGUUCGAAGCACCAGUAGAAAACAGUAGAAAAUGGCAAAGUUUGCGAAAAUUUUCGUAACUAGUUUGCUAUUAUUUUUAAUGGCUCAGGCGCUACCUGUCGAUAUGGACGAAGAUAUUGAGGAAGACGAAUGGAUAGAUCUCUCCCAUUUGGGUGAAGCGGUGUUUGGUGCACCUGAUACUGAGAAAACAGGACAGUUGGUUGAUGCUCACGAUGAUAAAUCGGAACAAAAUCCAGAAGAGUUGGGCACAUAUCUUGAGGGGGAUAUUUUGAUACCGCUAAGUUAUCGCCUAGCACGCUCGAAUGGUACUCGUAAUGGCAUUUUGACUCAGAGUUCGCGCUGGCCAGGAGCAAUUGUACCAUAUGAAAUAGUUGGACCGUUUACCAAACAGGAGAUGGAUAACAUUCGUCAUGCUUUUGGCGAAUAUCAUACCAAAACUUGUGUGCGCUUUAAGCCACGUACCACUGAAAAGGAUUACAUUUCCAUUGGCAGUGGCAAAACUGGUUGUUGGAGUGGUGUUGGUCGACUGGGCGGACGCCAGGAAGUGAAUCUUCAAUCGCCCACUUGCCUGCGUACGUAUGGCACACCCAUACAUGAGCUGAUGCACGCCCUUGGCUUUUUCCAUGAGCAAAAUCGUCAUGAGCGUGACUCUUACGUUAUGGUGAUGACUGAUAAUAUCAAACCAGAGACGAUUCCCAAUUUCGAAAAGGCCAGCUCAAAAACACAAUAUGGAUUUGGUGUGGCAUAUGAUUAUGCCAGUGUGAUGCAUUAUUCACCCACGAGUUUUAGCCGCAACGGUCAGCCGACAUUGAAAGCAUUAAGAGUUAAUGCUGAUGCCAAACAGAUGGGACAACGUCGAGGAUUUUCAUCGGGAGAUGUACGUAAAAUAAAUGCCAUGUACAAGUGCAAUAUUUAAAUACAUACUGGAAAAACAAGUUCAUUACGCUCAAUGAACUAAAUAAUCUUUGCUUAUAUAUUCUAUAACUUUAUAUGGUAUUUA